AUGGCCACAGCCUUCGCUCUCCUCGCCGGGGUCCUGCUCCCCUGCUGGGGCGCCCUCCCGCAGUUUAGAAAGGGGUUGAUGAAGAUGAACGGGGCUUGGUGCUCCCACCACUCUCAGUGCAUCAGUGACUGCUGCCUCAUGAACCUGGACUACGGUGGCACCUUCUGUGCCCCCAAGGCCAGAAGAGCUAUGGUGUGCUUGCCUCAGACCAAGGGAGCCACCAACGUCAUAUGCCCCUGCCAAUUGGGCUUGACUUGCAUAUCCAAGGACCUGAACUGUCCUCGUCGGUGCCAUUUGAUUUAG